AUGUCAAUCAACACUUGUACUUUAUCGCAAAUGCCCUCGCGUCAAAAUCGAUCCAAACAGCCUCAUCGAGCCGUAUGCCUAUGCGAAGCUUACGAGUGCCGUCAUCAAGUAUUCCCAGAUGCCAACGGAGUCAGCCAUUCCGGUGUUGAGGUUUUACCAGCAACACGCGCUGCUCACAAACGUGCUGACCUUCGAAACAAUCUCGUCAAAUCACCACGGACUACGUCUACUUCCAUUCCGGCAUCACCCUUGUCCGCUCAAGACCAACUUCUUUCGGAUUUGCAACGAUUGAAUAUCAUUUCCGAACCUGUUUUAAGUCAAGAUGGUCAACCAUGUAAUUCAACAGAAUCAGAUAUGUCCCACCAGGUGACACAGGACCCUCACUUGGAAGGCAAUUCUAGCCAAGCUGUCCAAAUAGAGUCACCAGACCUUCCUACGCCAAACGUACCUUCUGCGGAUUCCGAAUCUACGUCUACUAAAACAUGUUCACAGGCAGAGUUGGCGAGAAUUUCAGGACAGAAAGUCCUUGAUUGUGGUAUGUUCCAUAAUUAUGAUUUCCUUUCAUCAUUUCGCCUUCAAGAGAUUAGUGUGAUUGAUGAACCUUCUUCCACUAUGAUUUUUGAAUCAAUUCCAGACGGUCUCUACUCUUUUCAAUUGAAAUCUAUCAAUCCACUUGUUCUUCACGUCGCUUUGACCGCUUCGAUUCUCGAUAUCAUUGGACACUCCUCAAACUUGAUAACCAAAUGGAUUCUUGAUGUUCAAAGUAUUACAAUCGAGCUUUCAACAACCUAUGGAAUAUUACCUACCAAGUCCCCGCAUCAUCAACUUCUUCCUGCCGAGGUUGAAACCCUUAAACGUAUACCGAGCUCAGUCUCCACGGCCUUUGGAUGGUUGGAGCUAGACCCAGCUCUUACAUUCAUGAAUUGCUGCAGCUCUUGUUUUGCAAUGUACCCCAAAGCUUCUGCACCAUCACGACGUCAUCAUUGUAUUGCAAACAUUCCUGGCGGUCCUUCUGAUUCAUAUGAUCCAAGCAACAGUACAUCUGAUGCAGAAGAUGCCGAGCUGAAUUCUUCAGAGACAAUCUGUGGCGAACCUCUUGUGAAAUAUGUUCGCGCUUCAUGGCAUGUCAGGCGUUUCUGGGCAAUGAAGGACCUCGAAAAUGACGAGGAACAAUUGCCACCCAUCAGUACGGUUGAACUACUCAGUCUUAAUUCCAAGGGUACUGAGUGUUUUGGACAAGUAUUUUCAAUCUUUUCCCAUUGUCGAACUCCAGUUGCAUCCCAGAAUACCACAAAUACGUGGUUAUGCGUACAAUGUUUCCCACCUGUACCGAGCAAACUUCCUAAUCCCUUCAAUACUGCUGAUGUUGCAAAAAAGAUUCGGACACGAGAAGAUAAGCCUGCAGAGACUUCAUCUCGGAAAUGA